AUGGAAGGACUAACGUGGGGUAGCUCUGUUUUUCACAGCAAACCAAACUCGCUCAGCCAUGUCCGGACCAUGUGGUUUUCCGGAGAUCAAGCACUUCUACCCAUCAAACCAACAGACAUUCUCCCUCCAGAAAGAGGCCACGAGGUCGCAAAGGAACUUGGUAUCCCUUACUACGAAACGAGUAUUGUAGCUCAGUUUGGAGUCAAGGAUGUUUUCGACAACGCCAUCCGAGCCGCUCUCAUCUCCCGUCGGCACCUGCAAUUCUGGAAAUCACAUCUGAAAAAGGUCCAGAGGCCUCUGCUCCAGGCUCCCUUCCUGCCCCCACGCCCCCCACGACCCAUAGUAGGCAUCCCAGACCCUCCCCCCUGCGACGGCGAAGGCCCUGACUCCCUGUUCUGCCUGCCACUCUGCGCAGAUGUCCUGUUUCUUCUCCAGGAGGGUGCUAGUAGAGUAUUUGCACACAAAGUCUAUCUUGCCACAUCUUGUUCCAAAUUCUACGACCUAUUCACUCUAGAUUUAGGUGGGUUGUCAAAGGGGCAGGUGGUGCAGGAUCAGGAGAGCAGAGAAAACAUGGAGCUUGGGGAAGAAGAUGAACAUACAAGGAGAGGAGCGAAGGAGCAAGCGGGUCGUACCAAAAGCUUAGACACUGACAAAGAUGGCAUUCAAGGAGGGGUUCCAGUGUUGAAUCGACCUCAGCUCCUGCAGCAGGGCUCUCUGAGGACUUCACAGAGUGAUAAUGCUCUCCCUUCUCGAGCCCGGUAUACCCUGGGAGUGCUGGGGACCGGACGAGCGCUCUCAGGAUGGGGAAGGGGCUUUCUGAGUGUUUGUUUGGAGCAUGUAGAUGACCCUACGACAGGACGUCCCCGGCUCAUGACUGUGGUCGCCAUGGAUGCGCUCAUACAGGAGGAACCUUUCAAGGCUGUGCUCCAGUACCUUUACACCGGCAGCUUGGACGAGGGUCGAGGUGAUCUGAUGCAGGUGGCUACUAUAGCGGAGCUGCUGGAAGUGUUUGACCUGCGGAUGAUGGUGGCCAAUGUGCUGAACCGGGAGAGCUUCAUGAACCAAGAGAUCACCAAGGCUUUCCAUGUGCGCAGGGCCAACCGCAUCAAGGAGUGUCUCAGCAAGGGGACCUUCGCUGAUGUGGCGUUCCAGCUGGAUGAUGGCUGUCUUCCGGCUCACAAGCCUCUCCUCAUAUCCAGCUGUGACUGGAUGGCUGCAAUGUUCCGUGGCUCCUUUAUGGAAAGCUACACAGACGAGGUGUCUAUCCCAAACACAAGCACAGCAUGCAUGAGAGGGGUACUAGAGUUUCUCUACUGUGGUCUACUGACUCCAAGUUCAGGUCUGGAGCCCAUGGAACUCAUCGUUCUAGCCAACCGCCUGUGUUUACCUCGCCUUGUUGCCCUCACUGAACAACAUGCUGUCGAUGAGCUUCUGCAGUUUGCAGUGAAAGGGAUGGAUAUUGAUGGGCAAGUGUUGGCCUACUUGGAACUGGCACAGUUUCACAAUGCCAAACAACUCUCAGCUUGGUGUCUUCAUCACAUCUGCACUAACUACAACAGCAUAUGUCGCAAGUUUCCCAAAGACAUGAAGGCAAUGUCUCAAGAUAACCAGAAACACUUUGAGAAGCAGCGUUGGCCUCCUGUGUGGUUCCUGAAGGAGGAGGACCGUUAUCUGCGUUCCCAAAAAGAGCGCCAGCGUGAGGAGGAGAUACUGCGCAAACAGCACACCAAAAGAGGCUGGUGUUUCUGGAGACACCCGUCUUCUUCUCCACACAUCUCCUGA